AUGACUUCCUCUGUCACAGGAACCAGAUUCUUCAACCGCCCCAACUCCCUCGACGAGACCUUGAACAGUCCGGUCUACCAGAACGGGGUCAAGAUGAGCCCGGCUCAAGAUGGACGGUCGCUGGGCGCUGCCAAAGACGUCAAGGAGUCAUAUACCAAGCAAGAGCAGGAGCCCUGGUCUCUGCCAAAGGAACAAACCAGGCAAGGCAUCACAUUUGCGGCGCAGGACAAGCUACCCAAGCUGCCCAUUCCCGAGCUCGAGUCGACGCUGAAGAAAUACCUUGAGUCUUUGGUGCCUUUGGAGUCUCCCACUGAACAUAAUGAAACCAAAGCGGCAGUCAAGGAUUUCUUAGAGCAUGACGGCCCGGAGUUGCAAGAACGCUUGAAGAAGUACGCGACAGGAAAGACAAGCUACAUUGAGCAGUUUUGGUACGAUUCAUACCUCAACUACGACAACCCUGUCGUCUUGAACCUCAAUCCUUUCUUUCUCUUGGAGGAUGAUCCGACUCCAGCACGAAAUAACCAAGUCACAAGGGCCGCCUCCUUGGUAAUUUCGGCCCUGUGCUUUGUCAGAGCUGUGCGAAAGGAAGAGUUGCCACCCGACACUGUGAGAGGCACUCCUCUAUGCAUGUACCAGUACUCGCGGUUAUUUGGGACGGCGCGAGUCCCAACAGACAACGGGUGUGUUAUUGGCCAAGAUUCAGAUUCAAAGCAUGUCGUGGUUCUGUGCCGCGGCCAGUUCUACUGGUUCGAUGUACUGGACGACAACAAUGAGCUUAUCAUGACGGAGAAAGAUCUCGCAAUCAAUUUCCAGGUGAUUGUGGAUGAUGCCGACCAAAUUCCAAUCCAUGAAGGCGCCAAAGGUGCCAUUGGAGUGCUCACCACCGAGAACCGCAAGAUUUGGUCGGGCCUAAGAGAUCUGCUGACCAGAGAAGAAGGCUCCAAUAACGCCGAUUGUCUUUCCAUGGUCGACUCGGCCCUGUUUAUUGUUUGCCUAGACUACACCGAGCCUGCAGAUGUGUCCCAAUUAUGCGGCAACAUGCUAUGUGGCACAAGUGAGGUCGUGCGAGGUGUACAAGUCGGCACCUGCACUAACAGAUGGUACGACAAAUUGCAGAUUAUCGUCUGCAAAAAUGGCAGUGCAGGGAUCAAUUUCGAACAUACCGGCGUAGAUGGUCACACGGUCCUUCGAUUCGCUAGCGAUCUCUACACAGACACCAUCCUCCGGUUCGCAAAGUCCAUCAACGGACAGGCUCCGACGCUGUGGACCAGCCAGAGCCCUGAUCCUUCGAAAAGGGACCCGGAAAGCUUCGGUGAUGUCAGCAUCACUCCCCACAAGCUCGAGUGGGAUAUGACCCCGGAACUGCAGAUUGCCCUGCGUUUUGCCGAAACGCGCCUGGCCGAUCUGAUCAACCAGAACGAGUUCCAGACAUUGGAUUUUGCGGGAUACGGCAAGAAUUUCAUUACCUCGAUGGGCUUCUCGCCUGAUGCGUUUGUGCAAAUGGCAUUUCAGGCUGCUUACUAUGGACUGUAUGGUCGUGUCGAGAAUACUUACGAGCCGGCCAUGACGAAAUUUUUCCUACAUGGGAGGACGGAGGCCAUUCGAACGGUGACCAAGGAAUGUGUCGACUUUGUCAAGACGUUUUGGACCGACACAACCGCUCAAAAAAAGGUUGACGCGUUGAAGGCUGCCACGCAGAAGCAUGUGAAUAUGACUAAAGAGUGCAGUAAAGGACAGGGUCAAGACCGUCAUUUGUACGCGCUUUAUUGUGUGUGGCAGCGCAAAGUCAACGAUGAAGGGGCAGAGGCAGCCAGCACCACCGGAUUCAGUUCCAACGGGUAUUCGAGUCCGACAGACUUUAGUGAUGCAGGCAGCCCGAAAAGACUGGAUGAGAUCUCGCCCACCCGUCGUUCUCGUGCCGGCACAGAUGCAAGUCGCUCGCCUGCGCCUCAUAUGCAGCAGAUGCCGGCGCUUUUCAGUGAUUCCGGCUGGGAGAAGAUCAACAAUACCAUUCUGAGCACGUCCAACUGCGGAAAUCCCUCUCUCCGUCAUUUCGGGUUUGGUCCUGUCUCUGGGGAUGGCUUUGGCAUUGGAUACAUUAUCAAAGAUGAUUCGAUCUCUGUUUGCGCAAGCAGUAAACAUCGCCAGACCAGACGUUACGUGGACAGCCUGGAGUCUUACUUGAACGAAAUCCGACGCUUGCUCAAAGCUACAAAACCCAAGGACGGUCCUGCGGGCAAGUCCACUCGAGCUAGGGAGGUGGAGAAGACUAGCAAGGAUGGUAGGCUCAAGUCCAGGGGUCGGCUGAUCAAGGCGGAGGCUUCCCGAGUUGAUGGAACUCAGACUCCUGCGAGUAUGGAAACGGCCGAGGUGGAGGAUGAUGGUCUGGGCGGGUACGGGUUCUUCGAUGCCGGGAUGCUGCUGCAAGCCCUCAAAAAGGAACUACCAAAACCGUCAGAACAGAUCGCACAAAAGAAACGGGCGGUGGGCAAGAAGCUGGCACUGACAGAAUAUUGA